AUGCCCGUUGGUACUAUUGGUUCUACCCCAGGUCCAAUGCUUGCAGGCUUUGGUAGAUUUUCAGUCACAAUUCAUGGAAAAGGUGGCCAUGCUGCAUUUCCCCAUUUGGCCACAGAUCCAUUUCCUGCUGCCUGCUCGGCCGUCAUUGCUCUUCAACAGCUUAUUUCUCGAGGAACAGACCCUCUAGAGGCCAGGGUGGUCAAUGUUGUUGGUGUGAGCCAUGAUUUCCUGUUAACCCUUGUCUCCCAAACAAAAAUACAAACCUACCUAACGAGAUACAUGGGAGUCUCAAAUCAGAUCGGCCAUUGCACAGUGAUAAUGGGAGCAGAGGAUUUCAGCUUCUACUCAAAGGAGUCUGCUGCAACAAUUUUUGUGCUUGGAAUAAAGAAUGAGAGUCUCAAAUCAGAUCAGCCAUUGCACGCAUCUCACUUUGUCAUUGAUGAAGAGGCUCUUUCUGUAGGAGCAGCUCUCAAUGCUGCUGUGGCAAUCUCUUACUUGGGUACACAUGUUGAGACUCAUUAA